CUUCAAAUACAUAUCACAGGCCUCGCGAAUUUUGCGCGAAAAAAAACAUCCUCAGCCUCAGCCUACAAAAACCGAAGAAAAAAAUUGUCAAGGAUCCUCGCUUUUCCGAUGGGAUUUGGCCAUGGGGAUUUCAAAAAUACAUCUUUUUAUGAAAGGUUUGAGGCUAUUGUACGACACUUUGUGGGGCAUAAGAAAACCAAAAAACAGUUUCGCUAAACGACACCAAAGUUAAAAAUUAAAAACUAAUCAAUAGGAUAUGGGCGCAAAAUGGGCACUUUGCAAGUAAUCUAAACUAAUUUUUUAGCAUUUAAUGGUUCGCCUAAAGAAAUUAACAGUUAAUUUGGAGGAAAAGAUGCUAUUAAAACUGUGUGCUUUUCUAAAAACUGGGGCCAAAGGUGACGAAAUGUGGAGCAACAUUGAAAAGAGCGACUCUGAGACGCAACGAUUAUUAAUGGAAGUAUCUGCGACGCAUUCCACCAGGUACUAUUUUGGAAUAAUUCAAUUAAACUUGGAUCAAAUUCGGCUAAGUAUGACCACGGCCAACAAACUACCACCUCAAUUGCAAAUAAUUAAGCGCAAGUUGGGCUUUACGUUUAUAAAGUUUGAAGACGCCGCCGUUGAACUCGAACCUUUCAUAAAACAGCACAUUUUCGAAACUAGUCAAAUACUGUCUCGCUUCAUCAUAAAACACUUCAAAGACGAGCUGCUAUGGCAAGCGGGAAUUAUAUUGGGAUCGACCGACUUUCUCGGCAAUCCCAUUGGCUUUAUAAACGACGUGUCGGAAGGCAUGUCGGGGUUGAUCUACGAGCACUCGGUCGGAGCGCUGGUAAAGAACGUAACGCAUGGACUUUCAAAUUCUGCUGCCAAGGUGACGGAAAGUCUCUCUGACGGUUUAGGUAAAGUCGCCAUGGAUGACGAGCACGAGGAGAUACGCCAAAGAAUUAGACAGGUGGAUAGCGGACGGACGGGCGAUCACAUUGUCGCCGGAUUUAAGGGUCUCGGGCUUGGAAUACUAGGUGGCGCCACAGGAAUUUUUAAGCAAGUUUACGAAGGUGCAGCAAAUGAAGGUAUCCAAGGCGUAUUCUCGGGAUUUGGCAAAGGUAUUGUUGGUGCGGUUACUAAGCCGGUUGUCGGCGUCCUAGAUUUGGCAUCGGAAACCGCAAGAGCUGUACGGGAUUCUAGUCGAAGUUCAAAUCGUAUAGUACCUGAUAAGAUUAGACCACCACGGUGCGUUGUCGGCGCGGGGGGUUUACUUCCUUGUUAUAGUUAUAAGCAAAGUCACGGACAGCAACAUUUGUACACUGUUAACAAAAGGAACUACACAGAACAACUGGUCGCGUACGAGUCCCUGCGAAGUGGUUCCGAAGAUCUUCGAAUAAUUAUUUCGAACGAGCACGUUCGCAUUGUGACUGGCACCAAAAAUAGUUCCCCUACCACUUUUCUAGAGGUUCACAUAAGUGACGUAUUACAAUGCCAACCAGUAACGCUGACAGAGGGUUCGGAAAUAAGACACUAUAUUGACAUAACGAUGCGGGUGUCUAGUGCCACCGCUCAGUUUGCCCAUACAGAUCCAAUAAAAAGGCCAAGAAUACGGUGCGACUCGAUGGAACUUGCACAUUCUGUGUCGCAACAACUAAGUUAUGCAAAAAGACUCUAUAACGAUCGAUUGCAUACACUAAUUACAGACAAUGCCACACAAAAUGAAGACUGAAUUUUUGUUGUUAUUUGGGAGAAAUGUGUUAUGAGCAGUGUGCCUUUAUAUGCAUUUUUUGUUGCGAGUCAAGAUCAGUAGGUUUUUGUUUAAUAAAACCAUAUAUUUUAA